GAUCCAAUCUACAGCUUUCUCGAACGUAAAAUGAUCGACCGCGCGGUCGCCCACGUCAUCACCACAAAGCCACCACUGUCCGAUCCCUCUCACGGGGCGCUUCUGGGCCUGUGUGCCCUGACAUGUCAGUUCACCGGCUAUGUGAUAUCGCUUCUAUCCAACCUCGAAAUAAGUGCCCGAGUCGCGCUGGAAUAUUCGACGAAGCUCGAGUCUCCGACGGUGCAUCACGUUGCGUGGGUGAUCUGGGUGAUCUACUUGCGACAAGUCCGGUCACCGCACGCGACGUGGCUGGCCAGUUGCACACUGAUGCAUAUGGUGGGGACAGUCAGCCUACAUGUAGAGCCAUCCAGCCAGGCUCGGUUCCCCGCCUGCGAUGCCCACUACGGUCCGGAGCAGAGGAGACGGAUCUAUGCCGUGGCUCAACAACUUCACAUGUGGAUCGCAUACGAGUACGGACACCCUCGCGUGGAGCUUCACGGGGCAACCUGUACCCUUCCCAAAGACUUCUGGUCGGCGGAACAGCUCGCCAUCUGGCAGAUCUCCGACGCUCUGGAUCCUAAGAACCACCUAGACGCCACCGCAUUGGAACGGUUGCUGUUGCAAACGGUGGGGCUCAGUCUGGAAUCCACCGUGCUACAGUUGAUGCGCUGUAACAUCGGACUGUCCAUCUACCGCCGACUCCAUGCUAUCGGUCGUAUCGUCUCCCAUAGUGUCUUUGAUAAAGUCCUGCGGUUGAUCGAUGAGAGCUUUGAUCUAGCCACCACCCUAGUCGACGAAAGAACGCCCUGGUGGCAUGUUAUGACUGUUCCUUUCUAGGCACUGUGCCCAUUGCUGACAAUAGACACUCGAGAAUCACGGACGCGUCAGCCGCAAGCCAUUGAAACCCUACGUAUGGUUUCGGGAAAUUACGACACAACUGCCGUUAACGAGACUCUAGUCGGCGCCAGUUCACUCUUCAAUCUAUAUCUGGGAGAAAAGAAGGCAGAGAACAGCUUCCUCCAGAACAUGUGGGAGGACGAACUCCUUUGGGAUGCUAACACCGGCCUGAUAUCC